GAAAAAAAUACCACUUCACAUGUUGUCUCCUCCCAAAGAGCAGUGAAGUGCACACAUGGCUACCACACUGAGGCUCACAGAACAUGUAACAAGAGAUGACCAAGGGAUGGAAGGAAACUAUGUCCUUUAUGGAUCUUCUUGUGCCCAAAUCACUGAAGAAACAGAAUACAUAAAAAAGAUCAGAUCCACACUAGCAAAGGUUCAAAAUCAGCAGCCUUUCCGAGUGCCCAGAAAUGAGCUGGAGGCUGAGAAGGACACGCUUAACUCCAGUUACAAUCUAACCAUGGAAAAGCUGAAAGAGACUGACCAGCAGCUCUUGCUUGUGAACAGGGAGAAUGAAAUACUGAAGAUCAAGCUGGAUGCGACAAGAGACGCAGGUGCACAGUCUCUAAGACAUGCCUCAAAAAGUCUAUAUGAGAAUUACUGCAGUCGGUCUGAAGAACUUAAGAAAAAGCAUGAAGAUGAUAAACAGCUGAUGCAGGCCUGCAAACUUGAGCAAGAACAAAAAUUGAAACAAAAUCUAGAAAAUGUCAAUUGUGUAACUGAAAGACUCGAAGAAAAGUACAGCCGGAUUGCAGACAUGGAGAAACGAGUGCAACGAAUGGAAGAGGAAAAGAAAACAUUAAUAGAAAAAAAGCAGUCAUUUGAAGAGAAGCUUCUAUCAAACUCUGAAGAUACUAACAGCUGUCUUGAUCUUCAAGUGGAGAUUUUCACUGUACAAGAACAGAUUUCUCACUUGCAGCAUGUGAUCCAGACCCAGCAUCAAAGCCUACGCAGUGCGAUACAAGAGAUUGAAGAACUGAACAACGGACUACAAAAGCAAGAUAAAAAAAUUGAGGCUAUGAAAGAAAAGAUAAAUAUGCUUGAAGCUCAGAAUAAAGAACUUAAAUACAAGGUGGAAUUCUGGUCUGGUCAACCCAAGAUUAAAGUUUCAAAAGGUGUCUCAACAAUUUCGUCCAGGACUGAUGGGGUGUCCCCCUACUCAAUGCUAGCGAGGCUACGGAAGCAAAAUGACUAGAUGUGUCUAACAGUGGUGUCUGUUUCCAGCUUCCUCAUAAGAACCUCUGUGUCUAUCUGCUAAUGACCCUCCAUUCAGUCCUUUUAUAACACAGCAUGCUUGGCCACCAGGUACUUCGACAGAAGAGGAUUCAUUAAAUGAAUAAACAAAUUUGGAUUUAAGGCAAGAACUGAAGAGACAUUGUGUUCUUUAAUGGAUAGUCAAAUAACAGCAGCAUCCUGUGGACAUUGCUGAGGGGGAAACAGAUACCAUUGUAACAGCUUCUUACAUAUCGAAGAGUCCAUCUUCAACAAGCAUUUUAUGGGCCAUGAGGUACAUCAAACAAUAGUUACGAGCGUAUUGAGGAUUAACAAACCAAAAUUUGUGUAAUUGUAUACAAAAAGAGAUUGGUGUUUAUCAAA